AUGCACUCGGCAUGUGACAAAGUGGAUUUUCUUUCUCCUUGGCAAGCACUUCAAGAUGCAGAGGAUUUGGCGGUGGAUGUGGGUUUCGACACCGCCUUCAGACCUGAGGAUUUGCGUAUGGCCAAGCCGAAGCGCAGGCAUUACCGAACUUCUUUUUCUGAUUUGAUCGAGCUUUGCAUUCUUGAUGACUUGACAUCCCCAAUGACCAGUUUCACUAUGCAUCAGACAGCCUUCGAGGCUUGGACUAGCAAGCCAUGGUCGCUGAAUUCUUCGCACCAGCUGUCUCAAUCCCCCAGCAGGACCGUUUCCUGCAGUGUUCCGGAUGCUCCGAUUUCACUUAUGCAAAUUUCUCAAGUUCGUCAUGAAUUGCCUCCACCCGCUUGGAUUCGAGUUCCCAGCAAUCCUGUUCAGACUGCUGCUGGAGGCGCUCACAUACCCGUUGCAGCAGUUGAGGACCGCGACACGCUCAUUGAUGAGGUUGACACUGGGUCGCAAGCAGCAGAGUCCUCGUCGUCAUCCCAUACCAUGCGAGCUGUUUAUUUGCAUCAUUUGGAAGAUCCAGUCGUUUUUGGCCGUAUUGACUGGACUGACUAUGAUUGCAUGAUGGCAGAUGCUGCAAGACUCAUGAAUGUGGAAGUUGACGACAUUGUUGCACUUUAUGAGAUCAAUGUCCAGCUUCCUGACCUUCCUGAUGAUGUUACCCCUUUGAUCGUCCAUCUGGAAGCAGACAUGGAACCAGGAGAACCUAGCCGUCUUUGCUUGGUUGACUAUGAGAUGCACGGAAAUACAUUGGAGGCUCACUAUCAGACUGCCCCGGUGGUUGACCGGAGAGUGCUGGUCACCCCAAUUCCUGCCUCAAUGCAAGCCAUCUUCGUACGUGCUGGAGUCGAUGUCUACUGUCAUCUGGAAGAUGAUCGAUGUCUUCUUUUUCACAAUCAUCAACCAGUUCUUUCACAGCAUCAUCCUUUACUACGACCUACACAUGGUGAUUACCUCAAGCUCGUGGUUCCUCCAUCACUGUAUUGUGAUGAGCCCACACAGCCGCUUCUGGCCCGGCGACAACAGCAUAACGAGCUCACCUUUGGCAAUUCCCCCAGUUGGUCCGAAAGUUCUGGAUACUCGCCCAGCCUGCUUGAUCCUUCGGAACUUCGUGCACAACUUGGAAUCCAAGAUCCUGCGGACAUUGCACUGUUGCAAAUUUCAGUUGACUUGAAUACGGUUGAGACCUUGGGUGCUAUUUGUCGGCAACCAUUGUGCCUACCACCCCAGUUGGAGAAUACUCAGUCAUCUGAUCGCAUAUGUCCUGUACCACACUCCAAAUUUAGCUUUACGGAGGAGUUCCUCAGAGCCGUCAAUGCCAUGAGCACCGCCGCAGAAAACUUGCCAGAAUUUCAAGAAGAUGCUUUUGAGUUGGACACUUUGGCUCCCUGGGUACAAGAGCUGCAUGAGCAUUGGGAUCGCUUGGCCACCAUCGGCCCGGGAGCUGUCGAACGCCUUGGUCGCUUAGAGACCUGGUUCACUGACCAUCUGAGUUACCAGAGAUGCCACCACACUCGCAUCGCUAUUCUUGACGCAUCCGGUCAGAUCAUUGGCCAACUCAUUGUGGUGCAACGCCCCCAGAGGUUCCAACGUUCCAUUGUGCUGUCUAUUUAUGAUAGCGAGUACGACCGCGGCCUUGCACAUUCACUGGCGAUGGUGAUGGGUGACCGCAUUGACCUCCUGUCGGUGAUGAUUAUGGCGGAACUGACUGAGGAGUGUCCCCCUGAGGCGUCCCGCAAUGAAUGUUCGCUCUGGUUCGGGGCUCGGCAGUUCGCUCCCAAUGAACGUGCCUAUGCACGCCAUGGUCAUGCAUUCAGGCUUGUGUUGAAUCGCGCUCAAGGGCCCCCACCUCCAAGGCCUGUGGUCACCAAUCUGGCACAACGCCAGGCACAACUGGCUCAAAAUUCGGCUUCUCCACCAUUUUUGGGCGCAGAGGAAGCAGCACCUACUUGGUUGGUUGAAAUGUCGCGAGCCUUUCCUGACGGAGCGGCAGUGGAACGAGAAGAUGAAGGGCCCGUUGCAUAUCUUACCACUUGGUUUCUUCAUGUUGCCCUUCGGCCUAGCUGCGUGCAAAACAGAGUUGUGCGUCUCAGAGACCAACCUUGGAUGUGGCAUCGGACAUUGAUUGAACGCUGGGGAGAUCACUUUGAUAGCACACUUCCCGUUCAAUUCUUUUGGGUUGCACCUAUGCCUCCUUCCUCAUUGACGCAGCAUACCCUUGGUCAUGUGUUGAUUGCGCAGGGACUCCCAGUGGACCAAGUUGCUGCGUUGCUCACCACGCGUGUGCGUGAUGAUGAAGGCCAAGCCCUACACCAUGUUGCUACAUUUUUGCCCGCCCAUGUCUCGGCAGAAAUGGUCGUCGAAAUUUUGGAGCUUCCCGGGCCUCUUCGGCGAUUCCCUCGUAGAGUAGGAUUUGGACAAGAAUACUUUGCUCCGCAUGCCUUGCAGCAGAUCCAAUCUGGAAGCUCCAUUGUUGUGGAUGUCUUGGGAAGUCAACGAUUCGCCCAACCUUCUACAUCAUCGACUGAUGAGGCACUCAACUUGGUUCAGAUCAAGGUUCGCUGUACCCAGGCACCUCAUCCUGAAGAGCUUCCACCUCUUGAGACAGCUGCUGCUGAGCCUGCAGUGCCUAUGCAAGAACCAGCAGAAGCUUUUCAGCCAAGGGUCACGUUGAACCUGACUGCUUGCUUGGCUGACAACUUCGUGUACAAGGAAGAACAGUAUUCCUUUCCUGAAGUGGCUUACAUGCAGGUCCCCAAUUGGCCAUCCUUCUUUGCCAGAGUAUUGCCCUCUCCGACUUUCAUACCGGAGGGCCUCAAGCUGCACCCUUCCACUUACUUCGCUCUUGCGUCCCCAGCAGAAUUUCAAGAAGUUUCUCUGUGUGACUGCAUAGCUUUGUACGUUGAUGGUGCGGCGGAUGGCAUCAAGGCCGCGUGGAGCAUCGUCGUUGUCCAUUUUGACUCAGAUGGUUUGCCGUCUCUUCAAGGGUGCAUUGCUGAUCAAGUCGUGAUUGACACCACGCAUGACAAGUGGCUUGGCGCCAAUUGCCCUGACAACAUUGCCGCAGAGGUGACUGCAGCUUGUGCUGCCAUGGCUGCGUGCUUAGGGAUGGAACAACACCUCCACAUUGUCAUUCGACCAGAUUUGAAGCUCAGCGCCAAACUGGCUACCCAUCAGUGCGAAAUGAAGCAGGAUCAUGGAUGUGCCUUCUGCACGAAUCCUUUGCCUGGUUGGCGCGAUUUAGCCAUCGCCAUUUUGGCCUCACCUCCGAUUCUACGUGGAUUGAUUGGGUCACAGUUGUUCAACUUGACUCACGAUGGAAGGGCCAUUUACGCCGAGCCGAACGAGCCUGCAGAGCCUACCAUCAGGAGAUGUUGCCUCAUUCUUCUUCUGACGUCUCUGCGGCCUCUUCUGAGCUUUGCUUCAUUAUGCAUUCUGUUAAAGGUGAAGAACACGGACACCAUGGAUGCUUUUCAAUGGCGGGUCUUUCGAAUGAAACCCACCACCUUGAUGCUCGUACGACUUCCGUGGCUGCGAUGUCAAAUUCAAGCGCUAGGUCCCAUUCCGCACCCAGUUGCUGUAGCAAAGCCAGAUUGGCCGCUCUUCAUGGUUCUUCUGGCGCUGCUGGAAGAGUUGGAGGAGCAGCUGGGCGCCACGAGCCGGGAGGCAUUGCCGAAAAACCAACGCGGUGCGUUGGAAGCUCCAUCUGCACGAUAUGCCCUGCAUAGGCUUUUCAACAAGCGCCAUGGCUGGCAAAUCAAAGGACUGGAAACUGCUGGAGGCACCUGGGACUCGGAAUCUCCAGUGGUGGCCAUGGGCGAUCGCGUUCCGCCGCAGAUGCGCGAGCUUCUUGAGGAGCGCUUGGGAUCCUAUGGCCUUACUUUACAUGAACUUGCGGUGCUGGCUGCCACGAUGGAAGGGAUGUUUGAACAAGAUGUGGAGCAGCGCCUACGCAUUGUUUAUGCUGAGAAGAACUUGGCAGCAGAGGAGAAGGUCUAUUGGGACCAGGCGAUGUCCGUGAUGUGGAGCUACGUCGCAGCCUUUAUUACUGGGACACCCGUGGAAUCCUUGAGCCCAGGUGAUGUGAGGCGAGCCACUCAUCAAUUUGCCAUGAGGUUUCCACGUCAUGUGGAAGCAAAGACCCUACUGAUUGACAUCACCCAGGAGGUGAGAAUAGCCUGGGACUUCGCGCUGCUGCAAAAGAUCCUCUCGAAGUUCGGCCAACGCCUGGGUGCGUUGGAAGACACCGAGUGCAAGGUGAUGAAGAACAAGAUGACAUCCCUGGAAGAUGAGUAUGGAAGUGGAGCGGUACGGCUUGGCGACUUCUAUGGAGACAAGGCCGAGUAUCACUUCACCGAGGCUCCCUCCUUCCUACGCCGCAACGGCGUGUUGGACGAGUCCGUUCCGGAGGAUCCCAAGGUGUUAAUCCCCAACUAUUUGGCGAACCCAUCCAACUGCGUCACCCCUGCUGGUUACUACAGCAUUUGCUGCUUCGACGAGUGCGAGAGCUUGAUGGAUCAGGUAGAGAAAAGCUUGGCAGCGCCUAUGGGUACCGCCGAGCAGAUCGCCAUGGUGGUCUCUGGCUUGGGCUCCGCGUCCCAACCAGCCAACCGCACGUUGUCCGCCCGUCAGCUGGGUCUUCUCGACGAUGUGGCGGCACACCACGGUGGCAUGGUGCCGAUUCAUGGUCGUCUCUUUGCACAGUGGAUGCAUGAAGCCUAUCCGCGAGAGUGCAGCUACCCCUCCAUCGGAGAGCGCCUCCGCCAAGUCGAAGACGUUGAACACGUGGAGGUUGAAGAGAAGAAGAAAUACAUGCUGAUCGCAAAGGAACAGAAGGAGAAGGGCCAAACCACCACCACCAGCACCAAGUGGGUCUGGAAGGAGGAAUUGGUGGAUCAGAAGGCCUUCGAAUUUCAUGUGAAGUCGUCCUUGAGGAGUGACAUCACCAUCUUCAGCGCCCUGGGUUUCAUGGGCAUGGCCUGUGCCAAGCUGUUGGUGGGCCCUAGGCUGGACAAGCAGAAGUUGAUCUGA